AAAAUUUAAAAAAUAUUUCUGUAUGUUUUCAAGUCAUGGACAUCAAAGCUCUUCUUCUCGGCAUACAAAUAAUCGCUUGAGUUUAUCUGUCACACCGGCCUUUCCAAUUUUUAUUUCGUCUGAUAUUGCAUUUAUUAAAGAAAACACAAUCACUCAAUCAACUCGUUCUAAUUCCUUUUUACUGGCUGAAGAUCUAAGCCCUGAAGUCCAACCCAAAAUAUUUGAUGCAACAUCUGAUAAUUUGGUUUGGGAUAAUUUGUCUCUGAUUUCAAAUGAAUCGGCAAUCUCUGCUGGAAGCGGGGUUGAAAAGAGUGUGGAAAGACAACCAAUUGAUGAACAAUUUGUCUUCAACUUAGCGAUUAUCUAAUUGAAUCUAUGGAAGAACUUCAAUGGAAAGAAAUGACUGCAAAUAUUGAUUUUGAUGAG